AUGGAACAAUAUGAAAAUUAUAUUCCAGAUGCAUCCACUAGAAUAAAAGAUCGAUCAGACAGAGCAACAAAUGACCAAGUACUUGAUCAUCGUACACGUGUAGUAUUAUCGAAAUUUAUUAAAAAUGGAAUAAUAAAAGAAUUACAUGGUACGGUGUCAACAGGUAAAGAGGCUAAUGUAUAUCAUGCAUUUGGACAAGAAUUUGAAUUAGCAGUAAAAAUAUUUAAAACAUCAAUAUUAAUAUUUAAAGAUAGAGAACGAUAUGUCACAGGAGAUUAUAGAUAUAGAAAAGGAUUUUGUAAAUCAAAUCCAAGAAAAAUGGUCAAAAUGUGGGCAGAAAAAGAAAUGAGAAAUUUAAAACGAAUAAAUACAGUAGGAAUUCCAUCUCCUAAAGUUGUUAUAGUUAAAAAUAAUGUUUUAAUUAUGGAAUUUCUUGGUCAUGAUGGAUGUGCUGCACCAAGACUUAAAGAUGCAGGACUAAAUGAUGAUGAAAAAAAUGAAGCAUACAGACAAGUUGUAUGGAUGAUGCAUCAACUUUAUCAUGAUUGUAAUAUGGUUCAUGCAGAUUUAAGUGAAUAUAAUCUUCUUUGGUGGAAGAAUAAAGUAUAUGUAAUUGAUGUAGGACAAUCCAUUGAAUUAUCACAUCCUCAAGCAAAUGAUUUUUUGAGAAUGGAUUGUGUUAAUAUUUCAACAUAUUUUAAUAAGAUUGGAAUACAUACAUUAUCUCCUAAAGAACUUUUUUAUACUAUAACAAAUGCUUCAAUCAAAGAAAAUAAAAUUGAAAGUAUUAUUAAAGAGCAUUUUAGAACUAAUUGGGAUCCAAAUGAUGAGGUCUUUUUAAAUUCUUUUAUUCCAAGUUCUUUACAUGAUUUAAAUGAACCAAUUCGUGAUGUUUUUCAACCAAAGAAAAUGACUGGUGUUUUGUUUAUGCCAAAUGCAAUUCCAAAUCAUGUUAAACUUGCACCAUUACAAAUUACUGUAAAUGAUGAUUCUGCUUCUGAUUCAGAAAAAGAAGAAAUUCAAAGAAAACGAAUGAAAAAAAUGAGUAAAAAACAAAAAGAAUUAUACAAAGAUCAACUUGAAGAAGAAAUGAGAGAAGCAGAGAAAUUGGUUGAUCUUAGAGAAAUACAACUUGCUAAAGAAGCAGAAGAAUUAAAAAAACAAGUAGAACAAACUAACAAAGAAUUAAGUGAUGAGAGUAUUGAUACUUCUGAAGAUGAAGAUGAAAUGAACAGCGAAGAAUAUAAAGAGUAUGUGAAAAAGUUAAAAGAAGAAAAGAAAGUUGAUAAAGAAGAAGAAAAAAAAUUGAGAAAGGAACAUAAGAAGCAAUAUAAAAUUGAAAGAAGAGAGAAAUUAAAACAUAAAAUGCCAAAGAAAAAGAAAGAACAAUUAAUUAAACAUUCAAAACGACAUCAAACAAAAUAA